UGGUCUAGUCCAAAGCGCUCUAACGAACGGUUCAGUGGGAAUAAAACAGGGCUGCGUCCCAAACCGCAGAAAAUUCAUCUCGAUAGUGCUUCCCUAUAUGGUUGCUAUGGUUACUAGACAUAGACGCGCUUUGUUUCAGGCUACUGUGUGCGGUUUGGGACGCGACCGCGACCCGAAAGCCUAACAUUAUCGCCUAGGCUGCCACACGGGGCUGUAAAAUGUUUUGCAGUGAAACCAGACGGAUCCGUUUACGGUGACCGGUUUAUUUCUCUUCUUCGUUUUAUGCCAUUCGAAGCACGCGGGACGUAACAGGAGUCGCACGAGCGCAAUCAGAGGAUCCAUCCGCGCGAGAGCCCGUGAAGGAAAUUAGUAGCCAUGGAAACGUGGGGGACGGACGGACUCCGUGUAACCGGAAACUCCCGCUCGCUAUAAACAAACCUAUGGACAGGUUGUCAGGUUACUGCGGACACGACAGAGCUAAAGAAACGGGUUUCUGGAUGUUUUCGAGUACAAAGACCGAAGAUGACCGACAAAGCAGGUGGUAGUACCGCGGGGGACGAGUCCGGGAUUAUCCGCCGGAGGAGGAUGCAGCUGUCGCACCAGUAACAGGAAGAGUCUAAUCCUGACCAGUACGUCCCCGACCCUGCCACGACCCCAUUCACCUCUACCUGGACACAUAGGAAGUAGUCCACUGGACAGUCCUCGUACCUUUUCACCCAGCGGCCCUGCACACUUCUCUUUCACCCCCUCUAGAAGAUGGUGUUUGAGGCACUGAGGCUCAGAACAGUGCUUGUCUAUAGAAGGCGUGUUUUCUCACCGCAUGUUUACAACGCCAAUGACAGACCAUCAUCAUGUAACGGUUGCUCAGCAACUAACUCCAGCGCACUGUUUUGUUGCCCGUCGCUGGAAGCUUCAUCAGCUCUGCUUUCCGUGUGUUACAGAUUGAAGAUUUCACGACUGUGCGGCUCAAAUAAAGCGUGCUAUCGUUCUUCUUAUCUGAGCUGGCUGAUGGACGCCGCUGGUCUCUGGCUUCACUGCCGUCUUCUGGAUACGGCACUAACACUCCCAGCUCCACGUCGUCGAGCUCGUCUCAGGAGCGUCUGCACCAGCUGCCCUUCCAGCCCACCAUGGACGAGCUGCACUUCCUGUCCAAACACUUCGGCAGCACAGAGAGCAUGACGGACGACGACGGACGCAGGUCACCACAUGUACGGCCCCGCUCGAGAAGCCUCAGUCCGGGCCGUUCACCAUCCUGCUAUGACAAUGAAAUCGUCAUGAUGAACCAUGUGUAUAAGGAGAGAUUCCCGAAGGCCACGGCUCAGAUGGAGGAGCGCAUGGCGGACUUCAUCCAGUCCUACACUCCGGAGAACGUGCUGCCGCUGGCCGACGGCGUCCUGAGCUUCAUCCACCACCAGAUCGCCGAGCUGUCCCGGGACUGCCUGACCAAAUCCAGGGAGGGCCUCAUCACCACCGUCUACUUCUACGAGCUGCAGGAGAACCUGGAUAAACUCCUGCAUGACGCGUACGAGCGAUCAGAAAGUUCUGAGCUGACCUUCGUCAUAGAGCUGGUUAAAAAACUCCUCAUCAUAAUUUCUCGACCUGCAAGACUUCUGGAGUGUUUGGAGUUUAACCCUGAGGAGUUUUAUCACCUGCUGGAGGCAGCGGAGGAUCACGCUAAAGAAGGACAUCUGAUGAAGACGGACAUCCCGCGGUACAUCAUCAGCCAACUCGGCCUCACACGAGACCCGCUGGAGGAAAUGGUGAACCUGGACAGCUACGACAGCGAGGGGCCACACACACCUGAGACCGACGACUCGGCUGAGGGAAAGAUGAAGGUCAUGAAGCCACCCUGUGAGUCUGACUUUCAGACCAUCAAGCUGAUUAGCAACGGAGCGUAUGGGGCGGUGUAUCUGGUAAGGCACAGAGAGACUCGGCAGCGUUUCGCCAUGAAGAAAAUCAACAAGCAGAACCUGAUCCUGAGGAACCAGAUCCAACAGGCGUUUGUGGAGAGAGACAUCCUGACCUUCGCCGAGAACCCGUUCGUCGUCAGCAUGUUCUGCUCCUUUGAGACUCGCAGACACCUCUGCAUGGUCAUGGAGUAUGUGGAGGGAGGAGACUGUGCCACCCUGCUGAAAAACAUCGGCGCACUGCCAGUGGAAAUGGCUCGAAUGUACUUCGCUGAGACUGUCCUGGCUCUGGAGUACAUCCACAACUAUGGCAUCGUGCACAGAGACCUCAAACCAGACAAUCUGCUGAUUACGUCGAUGGGACACAUUAAACUGACUGACUUCGGCCUCUCUAAGAUGGGUCUCAUGAGCCUCACCACAAACCUGUAUGAGGGCCACAUCGAGAAGGAUGCUCGUGAGUUCCUGGACAAACAGGUGUGUGGCACCCCAGAGUACAUCGCCCCGGAGGUGAUACUGCGGCAGGGUUAUGGGAAGCCCGUGGACUGGUGGGCCAUGGGAAUCAUCCUCUAUGAGUUCUUGGUAGGCUGUGUGCCAUUCUUCGGGGACACACCUGAGGAGCUGUUUGGCCAGGUGAUCUCAGAUGACAUUGCCUGGCCCGAGGGAGAUGAAGCGUUGCCUAGCGACGCCCAGAACCUGAUUUCCACGUUGCUGCAGACCAACCCACUGGUGCGAUUAGGGACAGGAGGAGCGUAUGAGGUGAAGCAGCACUCGUUCUUCUACGAUCUGGACUGGAACAGUCUGCUGAGGCAGAAGGCGGAGUUCAUCCCUCAGCUGGAGUCUGAGGAGGACACCAGCUACUUUGACACCCGCUCGGAGCGUUAUCACCACGUCAACUCUUACGACGAGGACGACACGAACGACGACGAGCCGGUGGAGAUAAGACAGUUCUCCUCUUGCUCUCCACGUUUCAGCAAGGUGUACAGCAGCAUGGAGCACCUGUCUCAGUUGGAGCAGAAAACACCGGCGGUGACCAGACGAGAGCAUAAGGGACGUCGCGAGGACAAAAUGGCAAAGAGAGAGAGCAUCGGGAGCUUUAGCAAGAGCUGGAGGACAAGCUCACCAGAGAUGAAGCGUCUCUCGUGUUCUGAGUCUCUGUACACAGAGGGAGAUUCCAGUCCUCCUCUAGGUGCCAGGCGACGCUUUUCUGCACUGAUGGACACGCACCGCUUUGCCUUGCCUCUAGAGAGUGAAGCAGAAACGCAGCCGCAACAAAGUGCGGCUAAAACCACUGCAGCCUCAUCACCCAGUGCUAGUGAACAGAGCACGUCUGUAAAGGAGGCGCCAGGAGUGAAUGUGGGAGAUAAGCCAGGCAGACCCACUGAAGUAUCAGCACCACAGCCAAUUCCAUCAGCGACAGCGGCAGCCGUCACGGUUUUCCGGGAUGCUGUUGUCAUGGGCGACUCCCCCAGCCAACGGGCCACCAACGACCUGGUCCUAAGAAGAGCACGUCACCAGCAGCUCUCUGGAGAUAGCGAGAAACGAACCACACGUCCCGGCAACAAGGUCAUCAAAUCUGCCUCAGCUACGGCGCUGUCUGUCAUUAUUCCAGCGGUUGAGCAGCAUUCUAGCUCUCCUUUGGCCAGCCCAAUGUCCCCUCGCUCUGUCUCGUCCAACCCGUCAUCGCGAGAUUCGUCCCCAAGUCGAGACUACGGCCCUGCGGUUAGCGUACUCCGCUCACCCAUCACCAUCCAGCGCUCAGGCAAAAAGUAUGGCUUCACGCUGCGUGCCAUCCGGGUCUACAUGGGGGACAGUGACGUCUACAGUGUACACCAUAUGAUCUGGCAUGUAGAAGAAGGCGGUCCAGCUCAGGAGGCAGGGAUGUGUGCUGGUGACCUCAUUACACAUGUCAACGGAGAAUCUGUGCAUGGAUUGGUGCAUACAGAAGUGGUGGAACUCAUUCUCAAGAGUGGUAAUAAGGUGACUGUGACCACCACUCCCUUUGAGAACACAUCGAUCAAAGUGGGUCCUGCUCGCAGAUCUAGUUACAAGUCCAAGAUGGCAAGACGCAGCAAAAGAACAGUCAAAGAGGGACAGGAAAGUAAGAAGCGAAGCUCUCUGUUCCGCCAGAUAACCAAGCAGUCUAAUCUUCUGCACACGAGCCGUAGCCUGUCAUCUUUAAACCGCUCCCUGUCCUCUAGUGAUAGUUUGCCAGGCUCUCCUACACACAGCCUGUCUGCCCGGUCACCCACUCAAAGCUACCGCUCUAGUCCAGACUCCUCUUUCCUAGGUGCGUCUUCUCAGAGCAGCUCUCCAGCCUCCAGCACACCAAAUUCUCCUGCCGCCUCCCAGCAUAUGCGUCCCAGCUCUCUUCAUGGCCUGUCACCUAAACUGCACCGUCAGUACCGCUCAGCCCGUUGCAAAUCUGCUGGCAACAUCCCUCUGUCCCCGCUUGCACAUACGCCAUCCCCUACACAGUCUUCCCCACCGUCCUUGUCGGGUCACACAGUGGGAAGUUCUAAUAUGACCCAGAGCUUUUCUGUCAAGCUUCAUUCAUCUCCACCUAUUACAAGGCCCAGGCCAAAGAGUGCUGAACCACCCCGGUCUCCACUUCUCAAGAGGGUGCAGUCAGCAGAAAAGCUAGGGUCACCUUUAUCUUCUUCGUCUUCCACAGACAAGAAAGGUGGAAUUGGGGCUAUGAGGAAGCAUAGUCUGGAGGUUGGCCAUUCAGAUUAUCGUAAGGAGGGCUUCCACUGUGAGCUUGGACUCCAAAGCUUGUUGGAAACAGAAGGGGAGAAUCUGGCCUCAACUUCUGCAACAACCCCAUCCCCUACCCAGCCCACAGCUCCGUCUCCCCUGGAAACAGGUGUUUUUAAGCCGGUAAGGAAGCUGGGCAGGCAGGAAUCCCCACUGAGUAGAGAUGCUUUGCUAGCUGGAAGAGUGAAAGAAAAGGACAAUGGCAGGAUGAAGUCUGGAGAGUUAGCCCAGGGAAGUGAGAGUAAACUGGAAAUAGUCCUAGAGAAGUCACCCCCUGCCACAGAGGCUCAGCAGCAUAUCAUGAGCAUGAAAGUCCCAGAUGAUAAGUCAAGUCACAUAAGAUCUCCAGUUGUUGAUGUGUCUCAACAUUCACCAUCCAAACCAAGAGAUGCUAGCACAGCCAAACUUGAAGCUAGUCAGCCUGUUGUGACCAAACCUUCACCUGUUGCACCAGAGACUAAACAUAGCGUAACUCCUUUAAUUCCAUCACCUCUGACCACUGGUGCUCUAAAAAACACAGAGCUUACCUUCUCUAGCAUAGGUGCAUUAGGCAUGAGUCAGGUUUGUGAGACAAAAUCCCCCAGCAAGAAUGUCCAUUCACAGACACCAGGGACUGCUAAAGCUCACCAGGCUUCCAUCAGUGUUGUCAAGGACUUGCAAGAAAAAAAAGUGGUUGAAAAGAAAACAGAAAUGAAAGAAGUGAAACAAGAUACAGGAAAGAAUAUCAGCCCUGUCAAAUCUGGUGUAACAUGCAGUGGCCCUGUAAAGGCAACUCCACUCCCUGAAAAAGUGUCAAUCCACGCGACAACCACAGAAGUGUUCAGAGUUGUCAAAGGACCAUCAGAUGGAGACACUCUUAAAAAGUCAGGUGCAGAGACUCAUGGUAGGACUCCUGAUAUGAGGGUAAGAUCUGGAUUACCUCCAUCCAAGGGGUUUGUUCCACCCUUUCCACCUCAGGUCCAGUCUCCUGCUCUAGGCAAGCUACGGACGGACAAGGGCCUUUCUCCAGUCAACUGUUACCGAGGCACAUUGGACUGGGAAGACAAGUGUCUCUUGGAAGUUGUUGAGGAGCAUUCUCCUUCUCCUACACCGUCCCCUACUGCAGCUACUCCUAGCCUGUCAAAAUCACCUCUCCAAUGCGUUGUUACUCAGUCCUUGUCUCUCAGUGACAAAAGUGGCUCGGCUAGUGUGUCUAAAACUGGAAAAGAACCAGCCAAAGGGUUAAUCCAGGAGGUUGCAAAGGGCAAGGAAGCUGUUAAAUCAGAGGAAACCAAGGUUAUUGCACAAGGAAAGACUGAGGUUUCAGGUAGCCCAAAUUUAAAAGUAGCAACACUGAGCCCUACUGGCACAAUACCACAGAAAAAGAAUGAGAGCACGAAGAAUGGCUUGUGACAUUUCAGCACAGCCUGCCUUUGCCUUUAUUAGAUAUUUAGCACUUGGAGACAAGAGAAAACAAUUGUGAUAAGGUUCUUCUAAUACUGGUUUUAUUUAUUGUACAAAAAAAGGUUACUAGAUGUAUUACAGGUAUAUGCAGAGAAUGAUUGCACACAUACCUGUAUUUGAAAAGAAAGCGCAAAGGGGUUUAACAGAUCAAACAAUGCUGAAACUGUAAAUGCCAAUUCAUUGCUUAAGCAAAAUGGUUGCAAAAUGGUUUCUUCCUAAGACAUUCUCUAAACAAACAAACAAACUUCAUCAAAGAGUUCUUUCUCGUGAGUUUGAUUCCUCUGUUUGAUUAGCAUGCUGUACUGUGAUUAUGCAGCUAGCGCUCAAACUGCGCUUCCUUCUAUGCUACGUAGGUGGAGGGAUAAGUAGGACCAAAAUAAGCAAAAAAAAUAAAACCCUGAGAGAUUUAAAUUUCUGUAAGCCCAUAGACCAAUGGAAGAUUUUAAAGGGCAAAUGCCUUAAAUUAAGAUGGUUUUGAAUUAUCCUGCACUGAAUGGGUGAGCGUAGCCUUCUUAUCAGGUGCCAACAGGAGGCCUAGCACAGUAGCCCAGUGACUGCUUCCUGUCGCAGCUUAGACAGCCCUGAUAUAACCGCUGAGGUGGGCUUUGUAUCCGCUCCAUUAAACAGGUGCCUUUCUGCUGGAUUGGCCAAGAUGCGUUUAUGAGGGCUGUCAGGGUGGAUCAUGGAAAGGUAUUAGUGAAAGAGCAACGUUUUGCACAUGCUGCUGGGUUUAAAUUGUAUCAAGCAGAGCAGAGAGUGUGGAGGGUCAAACUGGCUAAAGGUUUAAAUACAUGAUUUAUUUUGCUCAUGCUGAAAAACUUGAAGUAUUGCAACACAUUUCAAUUAUAUUGUGGAAAUCAUUCAGAAAAAAAAAUAUCAGCUUUUAGUUCCAAACCCAAAUCCUGGUGUAUGAGUUAACUGUAUUAUCGCAUUUAAUCUUUUAAACAUUUAGGAUGUAUCCUGACUUCUCCAAUAUAGAAUAUCAUCAUCAGUAAAAAGAAAAAGAAUAUAAAAGAUGGUACUUGGUAAAAUAUGAAGAAAUAGUAUGUUGUUCAGUGUCUAGAGCCAUGAUGUAUAGAGCUAUGAUGAUAAUGUUUGGUCGUUAAAUACAGUAGAUCUAGCAGUGUAGAUUCCCACUGGGUCUGUUUUUGUAUUGUGUGGUCUUAGUAAAGUGAGGCCUAAACACCAACACUUUUAGUUUAUAACUUUUUUUGUCAUUAAUCAUAUUGUUUACCUCAUUACUGUGGUGAAUAUUUAUGAAUAAGCAGUUAUUUAACAACAACAAAUGUGCAAAAUCAGAGAGUAACAGUGUAAAUAGAAAUGUGCUGACAUCUGGUGGCUAAAUAGCACCAUGACCCUAUUUCUGUACUUGGGUGAUGUUUAAAAAGUGCAGUAUAGAGACCUCUGCUGCCUGCGAGAUGAACUGCAAGUGCAAUGCAAACACUGAGAAGUUUAACUGACUGCAUCCCCUCUAGUCAACAUUAACUGCUCUGGUGUAAUUCAGUCCAUCUGCCUCAUGGGUUUGCCAAGGGAUGGGGCUAAAGAAAAUGAACAUCACAAAACUAGAAGCCUGACACGAAGAGACUAGCUAUAUCAGUUGUUGACAGUUUUAUUAACGUCUUUAAAAUUGCUUGUUCGUUACAAUUCCAUAACAAUUCCACGUGGAAAAAUGACAAAGUGCAGCUUUAAGGUAGAUGACGUACAGUAGGAAUCAUUACUAUCAGUUUGAUAAUAGUAUUGACUUGUUGUGUUUUACGGAGACGUGUAUUGAUUUUAACGGUUGAAGUCCAAAAGGCUCUGUUUGUGUUUGUGUAUCCUGUCAGGUCAGGAAUGCAAAUCAACAGCCUGCUCUUUCCAUCCUCGCAAUCCUGCUUGUUCCUAGUGAAGUUGAUUACUGAAGCUAAAUUUUAAUCUGAGUGACAUCUGUAUGUUGCGUAAUACACUCGCUGGUUUUUAAACUAUUUUCUCACCACUCUGUGUAGCAUGCUUCGUUCUACAUUUGUACCAGUAUAUGACAGAGUGCAAAGCGCACCGUCUCGUUUGUAAACCCUCACCUUAGUUUGGAUGUCAUACAGCAUCUUGGUGAUCUGGAACUCUGUAACAUCUGAGUAAAGUGGAGCUGGUGUACCCCAAAUAUUCGGAAUUGGUUUGUCACUUUAGCUUCGUGGGGAAUGUAGCUGAGGUGUAAUGGAAGCCAUCCUCUUUUUCGUUUACAUUUACAUUGUUUAGAAACGUCCAGAACGACAUACAGAAAACUUAUCCUCACGCUAGGUCAAUUGAUCAGGGUCUAUGAAUAGUUUUAAGUUAAAACCCCAGAGAGAGGAAGUAAGAGAGGAAGUUAGUACAACACGAAAACAAUUUAGGCUGCUUUGUCACAUCACAGUUCAUUAGUUCUUUCUUCCUGUGUGAUAUUGUGCGUUUCCUCUGGGUUUAGCUGGUUUCCUCCCAGUAAUAUGGCACUAUAUUGAUAUAUUGAUGAUGCUCUAUGAUGAACUGGUAGCCCAUACAGGGUACAGUGAGUCCAGCAGGGUGUCCAGCACAACACUGGGCUAGGAUUACUUAUUUUGCUAAUCGAACAUCCCUGGCCCUGAGAGUUCUCCUCCUCAGCAUACCUUGACCCAUGGUGGCCAUAAAGCCACCAUAACGUACCAGUGUUCACCUGCUUCUUCUGUGUGAAGUCUGUAUGACAUCAUGCUGGGAUUGAGGCAUGAAUUAGCACCCGAUCAAGCAAACACUGGACAACCAAAACUUUCUGAUAAAUAGAGCAGAACCUUGAGGGAUACCAUUAGAUGUGUAUUAAAGGUAAAUCUAAACAAAGCCUUAUAAUCAUAUCCACAUUUUUCAGUUUUAAAUCCAGUCCAUUGAUCAACAAUUUAAUUGCAUGGCACUAAUUGACACAGCGUGAUGUAACCGGAUAUCAGAAACAUGAGUAUUUUUGACUUAUUUGCUGUAACUAUAACGUAGGUGAAGGAUUUCAGCUUGGUUUUCUAACCACACGCUGGAACUGAUUCCAGGUCAUGAGACUCUCGUAACAGCUGGACCUGAUACUCAUGACACAUACAAAAAAAAAAAAAAAAUUAUUAAAAAAAAUCACACUUAUUGACUGUUGUCCAUUUUAUCACGUGACUGUUAUAGUAUAUCAAAUCAUGAAGUUAAAAAAAAACAUUUUGUAUUAUUUUCUGUUCCACUUUAUAGCCUAGUUUCUUAUUCCUGAUGUAAAAUGAUGGAUUUGAUGAAUUGCCUCCAGGCUCGUUCCAAGUCAACCCUCCUGACUCCCGAAGCAUCAUCAGUUCCUGUGCAUCAUUUGUGAUUUCUUUCUGAAUAUGUUUAUUUAUUUACUUGUUUUUACGAUUCUGUACUCUACCAGAAUGCACUUUAUUUGAUGGAUCUUCUUUUACACAGACGUAUAAAAACAUACUGUAUUCAUUUACUGUACCACCUAGAGAAAUGUACACCCGAAUGCAGAUAUUCUCUGUUUAACAUGAAUGUUUUAGAGAGAAAAAUAAAGGAACAAUCGUUUUAUUAUGUACCUUUUAAUUCACCUGCACUGUCGGCUUGGCCAUAGAUAUUUAUUUAUUUAUUUAUUUAUUACUCUGCGGCACUUUUGAUUAUCAGUCGAUGCAGCAUUAUUUGUGCAACCAAAUAAAUAAAGUGAUAUUGAUUA